AUGCUCUUCGAGGAAACCACGUCCUUCCCGUUCAGCCAGCACUCCGCAACCCCCGCCCCCAACACAACAUCCGCAUCAGCAACACCCACGACGCCCACCCACCCCGCCCUCCCCGACACACCACCCACGACGCUCACCCAAAUCCCCACGCGCGCCACCCCUCAACACCGCACCGCCCUCCCACCCCCCGACCUCCCCCUAAACAUGGUAGCCCCCCUCCCCUUCCCACUCCCCCCCAACUGCCUCCUGAUCUCCACCUCCCCACCCCGCUACCACCACGGCCCAGGCGCACACAUCAUGUUCCACGCCAUCGAGGCGCUGAUGUACGUGUUAAUCGGGGGCUGGAUCGUAGCGCUGGUUACGCUCAAGACGCGGCAGAUCACGCGGGGCGGGAGCGUGGAUGCAAAGUAUCGUGCGUAUCGGGAGCGGCGGCUGCGGGAGGGGGAGGAGUUAAGGGGGGAGUUUGAGAGGAGGUUUAGGGGGGAGAUGGAGGGGGAGGCUAGGGCUAGGGUGGAGGGGCGGGCGGAGGAGAUGAGGGGGAGGAGGGGGUGA